UGAUCAGAUUUAAUUUCAAGCCACUUAUAUAUAAUAAGCUAAGCUAAACACCCCUAAUUCUACACCCACUCAAAUCCUCGGACUUUCCGAGCUUCCAGGUGAUAUUGCUUACUGCAAGUUUGUCUGUGCUGAUCAAUAACUAGGUAUAGAUGGCGACAGCAGUCUCCGGUUCAGUGAGCAGUGGUGGUGGCGCCGUCUUCGUCUACGGUAGUCUCUUAGCAGACGACGUCGUUCGACUCCUCCUCAACCGCAUCCCUCAAACUUCCCCUGCCUUCCUUAACGGCUAUCAUAGGUUUAGCAUCAAAGGGCGUGUUUAUCCUGCAAUUUCACCCGUCGAAAACAGCAAAGUUAUUGGCAGGGUUCUCAUUGGGCUUUCGGCUAAGGAGUUAGAUAUCCUGGACGAGUAUGAAGCCGAGGAGUAUGACAAGAAACUUGUUGAUGUUUAUUUGCUGGAUACCUCUGAGGUCUUGCAGGCUUACACUUAUGUUUGGGGCAACAGUGUUGAUCCUGAUUUAUAUGGAGAGUGGGAUUUUGAGGAUUUUAAAGCGGCGAAGUUGAAAGAUUAUGUGGAAAGGACCAAGCGCUAUGUUGAAGAAAUGGCCUAUGACUUGUGAACAAGUCCCAGAUGGCUCAGUGAGUCAGUGAUCCUUCUAUGUAUACUAUACAUACAGAUUGAACAUACAAAUGUAAUCACAAUUCUCAUACAGAUGCCAGAGUUGUAUCUAUAAUAAUUUUAGAAGGAAACAGUUGAUACUACAAUUUGUAAUCACAAUUCUCUUGUAAUAUAUAGUCUAUGCUCCAUA